UGUUCAAACUUUAAAGGCAAUUUAUUUUCUUAAUCUUUAAUCUUUUAUGAAACCUUAGGUUUUUUGCCCCUAUAAAUAAAAAGUAUCAUCAAACACGUUAAACAUGUCCCCUUUCCUCCAAAACCAUCCCUCCCCGCCGAUCAACAUGGUGCUCCCAAACUUUUGUUCCAAGUUUGCCCUUGGAUUCUUUGUCUUGACCGUGGUGCUAGCUGUGGCGGCUCAGACACGCGAAGCCGCCAUGGCUAUCACUGGAAGUUAUGGGUUUCAAGACCUCCCCGUGGAGGAGCACUUUGAGCAGUGGAUGGUUCUUCUCGAACGGUCCUAUGAGAACGAGUUCGAGAAGGAAAAACGGUUCAAUAUUUUCAAGAAAAACAGAGAGUACGUCGAGGCUUUCAAUAAGGCUGGCAAUCGCACCUUCACACUUGGCAUCAAUGCGUUCUCCGACAUGACCGACCAGGAGUUCAUGGACACUUACCUCAGCUGCUCCGGACCGCCGGCACCACCACUGCGCCGCCCCCGCCGCCGCGGGAUCCGCCGUACGCAUUCGCCGAAACAAGAUGGCGGGCCCAUGCAUAAUGUGAGUUUGGAUUAUGUUCCCGCCGAGAUAGAUUGGGUGAAGCUAGGCGCUGUCACUAGCGUGAAGAGCCAAGGAACAUGCGCUGGUUGCUGGGCUUUUGCGGCAACGGCGGCUUUGGAAGGACUAAACAAAAUCCAUUACAAGACGCUUUUGGACUUGUCGGAACAACACCUCAUAGACUGCGACACCAAGUCCCACGGCUGCAACGGGGGAGGCAUUGACCGAGCGUUCGAGUACGCGGUGGGGAACGAAGGGAUAGCCAAGGAGGAGGACUACCCCUUCGUGGGGUACCAGGGGAGAUGCCGCGAGGACGAGGUGGAGCCCUAUGGGAGCAUCGAGAGCUACAAGAUGGUCCCGAAGAACGACGCGUGGGCCCUACACAGGGCAGUGGCGCAGCAGCCUGUGGCUGCGGCGAUCACUUUCGGCCCGGACUAUGUCCCGGAGUUCAAGAACUACUUUGGCGGGAUUUACCACCCCGGCAAGGGCGGGUUUUGUGGGUCCGGGAACCGCCACGCCGUUGCCGUGGUGGGGUACCACACCAACCCUAACUAUUGGAUCAUCAAGAACUCUUGGAGUACGGUGUGGGGAGAGGACGGGUAUAUGAGGUUGGCAAGAGAUCCCAGUAUUGUUGGACCUUGCGCGGCGGCGGCGGCGGUUGUGACAUGCCAAGCCGCCCCCGAUAGUACUAGGGGCGACCCAUUUCAAGAACCGUCGUCUGUGGAGGAACACUUUGAGCAGUGGAUGGUUCUUCACAACCGGACCUACAGAGACGAGUUUGAGAAGAAAAACCGAUUCGCCAUUUUCAAGAAAAACAAAGAGUACGUCGAGUCAUUCAACAAAGCUGGCAAUCGCACCUUCACACUUGGCAUCAAUGCGUUUUCCGACAUGACCGACCGGGAGUUCAUCGAUGCCUACCUCAACAAAAACUAUGCCACCGGACCUCCACCACUACGCCGCCCCCUGGACCGCCCUGUAUCUUCGAAGCACUCAUCGGAACCAUAUAGUGGGCCCUUUCAUAAUGUGAGUUUGGGCACUCUUCCGGCCGCGGUAGACUGGGUGAAGCAAGGAGCCGUGACUAGCGUUAAAAAUCAAGGAACAUGCGGUAGUUGCUGGGCAUUUUCGGCAGUAGCGGCCCUGGAAGGACUAAACAAAAUCCAUUCGGGGACGCUUUUGUCCUUGUCGGAGCAACAACUCGUAGACUGCGACACCGGUUCGCGCGGUUGCGUAGGUGGCCAUCCUCAAACUGCAUUCGCUUACGCGGUGUCGAACCACGGGCUAGCCAAGGAGGAGGACUACCCGUACGCCAAAAAGCAGGGCGCGUGCCGCCACGGCAUGGGUGCGUUUGGCGGCGUCGGGUCCUUCCAGAACGUUCCGAAGAACGACGCGUGGGCCCUCCUCACCGCCGUGGCACGCCAGCCCGUGUCCGCCAUUGUAACUUUCGCGGCGGUGACAUGCCACCCCACCGCCGACAAUACCGGCGGGGACGUAUUUCAAGAACUCGCCGUGGAGGAGCACUUUGAGCGAUGGAUGAUUCUUCACAAAAGGUUCUACGCAGACGAAUGCGAGAGAGAAAAACGGUUCAACAUUUUCAAGAAAAACAAAGAGUUCGUCGAGUCAUUCAACAAAGCUGGCAAUCGCACCUUCACACUUGGCAUCAAUGCGUUCUCCGACAUGACCGACCUGGAGUUCAUCGACGCCUACCUCAACAAAAACUAUGCCGGACCGCCGCGACUACGCCGCCCCGUACGUCACCCUAUUUCGCAUAAGCAUUAUUCAUGGAAUGGGCUCUUCCAUAAUGUGAGUUUGGACACUACUCUUCCCGCCUCGGUAGAUUGGGUGAAGCAAGGGGCUGUCACUCGCGUGAAAGACCAAGGAGAAUGUGGCAGUUGUUGGGCGUUUUCGGCAGUAGCAUCCCUGGAAGGGCUAAACAAAAUCAAUUCCGGGACGCUUUUGCCCUUGUCGGAGCAACAAAUCGUGGACUGCGACACUGAGUCGAACGGUUGCGUAAGCGGCGACUUUGCAAGUGCAUUUGCUUAUGCCGUGGCGAACCACGGGCUAGCGAAGGAGGAGGACUACCCGUACACCGGCACCCAAGGUGCGUGCCGCCAGGGCAUGGGUGCGUUCGGGAGCAUCGAGUUCUUCGAGAACGUCCCGACGAACGACGCGUGGGCCCUACGCACCGCCGUGGCACGUCAGCCAGUCUCCGUUGUAAUAACUUUUGGUCCGGACUUCGUGCCCGAGCUGAAAAAUUACCAGGGUGGGAUUUACCACCCUGGGAAAAGUGGGUAUUGCGGGGAGGGUUUUGCCCACGGUUUGACUGUGGUGGGGUACCAGAGCAACCCCGGGUAUUGGCUCAUCAAGAAUUCGUGGGGGACGUCGUGGGGCGAGGGCGGGUAUUUGAGGUUGGCUAGAGACCCCAGCCAACAAUGUUCAUUCCUCCCUUGCCAUCCCAUCGCGCCACUACUUACAAUGGCUCUCCUCAUCAACAAACUUUCCAAGUUUACCCUUGGGUUUUUUUGCCUCAUUGCACUAACGGUGGCGGCUCCGGCACCCCAACCUGCCACCGCUAGCGCUGGCGGCGAUGACGCAUUCCAAGACCUACCCGUGGAGGAGCACUUUGAGCAGUGGAUGGUCCUUCACGAGCGGUCUUACGCAGACGAGCUCGAGAAGGAAAAACGGUUCAAUAUUUUCAAGCAAAACAGAGAGUACGUCGAGUCGUUCAAUAGAGCCGGAAACCGCACCUUCACGCUCGGCAUCAACGCGUUCUCCGACAUGACCAACGAGGAGUUCGCCGAGGACUACCUGACUAGUUGUUCCGGACCGGCGGAGCCGCCGUUCCUCAGCCCCGGCGGCCGCCGCGGGAUGCUUGAUAAAGAGCUUUCACCGGAGCCAGAUAGUGGGCCCUUUAAUGUGAGUUCGGAUGAUCUUCCCCCGUCGAUUAACUGGGUGGACCGAGGCGCCGUCACUCGCGUGAAAAGCCAAGGAAAAAAAUGCCGUUGCUGCUGGGCAUUUUCGGUGGUGGGAGCGCUGGAAGGGCUGAACCAAAUCCAUUACGGGGAGCUGAUGGACCUCUCGGAGCAGCAACUCGUGGACUGCGACACCGUGUCGGCCGGCUGCAACGGCGGGAGCAUGGCCGCCGCGUUCUCGUACGUGAUGGGGAGCGACGGGCUGGCAAAGGAGACGGACUACCCGUACCGGGGGGUGAAGGGGCGGUGCCGCGAUGACGUGGUGGACGCUUUCGGCAGCAUCAAGGGCUACCGGAGGGUCUUGCCGAACAACGAGCUGGCCAUGGUGAGCGCGGUGGCGCAGCAGCCCGUGUCUGCCGGGGUAAUGUACGGCCCGGACUACGUCCCGGAGUUCAAGAACUACAAGGGGGGGAUUUACUUCCCCGGCAUGUGGGGGUACUGCGGGAGCGGGGAGUACCACGCCGUAACCGUGGUCGGGUACACGCCCGAUUAUUGGCUGAUCAAGAAUUCCUGGGGCUGGUGGUGGGGAGACGACGGUUAUAUGAAGCUUUACCGGGACGGCAGCCAUGGGGGAGCUUGCAGCAUCCUCCAAUUUGGCAGCUACCCCAUCCCUUACGAUAUCGAUUGAUUAUGGCCCUGUGUGGGAACAUCUAGCAUUCCGUUUUGAAAAAAGUAAUCUACGUACCGGCGACGUUUAGUGUUGUUAGCGUUUUCAAAGUGAUCUGUAUUGUUGAAAUUUUAUCCAGAACGCUAACACCAAAUUUUCAAAGUGAUCUGUACUCAAAGGGUUGUGUUUACAUGUAUUUAUAUACCUUGGGUCUCAAUCCUAAACAAAUAAGGCAGGAGAAUAAUA